AUGCGUACCUCAAUUGCCAUCGCCGCCGGCCUCGUUGCCCUCGUCUCGGCCAAGACUACCACCAUCACCGACACCGUCGAUGUGACCAUCACCUCGUGCGAGCCAACCGUCACCAACUGCCCUUACAAGGGCGGCAACGGCGGCAGCACCUGGAGCGACUGGAGCGUCUCUGCCUCCACCACCUCUUCCCCCGCCAAGGUGACCAGCACCAGCUACGACCCCAACCACACCUGGAGCGACUGGACCGAGAGCGUCAGCACCUCUACCAGCUCCAAGCCUGUCGCCCCUACUUCCACCGGCUCCUGGGACCCAACCUGGAGCGAUUGGUCCGCCAGCUCCAGCACCCCGGUCGCCCCGGUCUCAUCGGACCCUGCUUCCACCUGGGUUGACUGGGAGAGCACCACCUUGGCCACCUCCACCGCUGUCGCUGCUGCUACCACCCAAUAUGGCACUGGUGCCGCUUCAACCCCCGUUGCUGCUGCCUCCACUGGUGUCUGGUCGUACUCUGGUUCCUCCACUCCUGUUGCCCCGGCCGUCGCCACUUACACUGGUGCGGCCAACAUCAACGCUGGUUCUUUCGCUCUUGCAGGUCUUGCCGCGGCCGCCGCUUUGGUCAUCGCAUAA